AUGGCACACGAGUCUACAACAUCACUACUUCCGUCGGUAGACUAUGAGCGUUUUGAUAUCCCAACUAUCGAACACGACGAGCCGCUUGUUGAUGUGAUCCAGAAGUUGCACGGUUUUUUAACUUCGCCAGUAUCCGAAGUAUGGUGUACAUUUGAAGAAAUAAAAUCCGCCCCAGAUCCACGCCUGAGAUUGCUUGUCAAUUCAUUAGUGGAGAAUUCGCAUAAUCCUUGCACUGUACCCGCUUUAAUGAUUUUGAAGUGGAAAUUUGAUAAAGCUGCUGAAUUCGACGGUGAUCAAAAUGGAACAAGAGGCCAUAUGUGCGAAUAUGUUGCCUGGCAGUUUCUCUGCCGCCUUAAUCGGCGUGAAUUGAUCGAAAAUCUCCUAGAAGCACUUAGGCCCCCAUUCCAACAUGUGGGCAGCAUUGACCAUGGAGAGGCUGUCGCGCCUAGCUAUGCAGCUCCGCCAGUUGAGAGCAAUGCUCUGAGGGAUGAAGCCACUCCACUUUUACCAGAUUUUACUUUUGAUCACGUUCUCGAGGGCAGUAGACUGCAUGCGGACUAUCUCGAAAGUGGUGACCAGUGGUCUCAUAACGACCUGGAUAAUUCGAAAUCUAGUGACGAACUAUCCAUGUUUCUUGGGUUAAAUGCCCUAGAAAUUGCCACCAUUGCCUACGCGAAGAAAUUCCUUAGCCAAAAGGUGGUCGAAAAUGUGGUAAACGAUUUGUGGAAUGGGGAGAUUGUUUUCUGGGACUCACUAAGCGUGAACUCUACGAAGAAACCACGGCUCUUUAAUGAAGGAACAGCAGAUCCCUACUCUCGCUUAAGAGUGCCGGUAUAUCGAAAAGCUUUUGAAGCCAUAUUCUUCGUUUCGUUUUUGUUCCUUUAUUAUGCGGUUCUGAUUGAGAGAAAUCCAACAGCGAUUGGUGUAUUUGAGGCCAUCCUGUAUGUCUGGAUCGCAGCUUUUGCUUACGAUGAAUUGAGCGGUCUUGCCGACUCAGGAAUGUUGUUCUAUCAGAUGACUUUCUGGAACCUUUGGGAUUUGUGUAUAAUCGGAACUGGGCUUAUUUUCGUCAUUACAAGGGUUAUUGGUUUGAGUCAAAAGGACGGGUACAUUACAGACCUGUCGUUUGACAUACUUUCUCUAGAAGCAUUGUUUCUCGUGCCAAGGAUAUUUUCUCUCGUCAGCUUGAAUCCCUAUUUUGGAAGCCUUAUCCCAGUACUCAAGGAAAUGACCAAAGCCUUUUUCCGGUUUACUCCUGUGAUUAUCAUACUAUAUUUGGGGUUCCUGACAACCUUCACCAUGCUCGCCCGUGACCGCUUUUCAGUAAAGAAGAUGUCCUGGAUUCUAGUGAAUGUGUUCUUUGGAUCUAACUACCUGGGUUUCGACAUUUGCUACGAUAUCUCCCCGUUCUUUGGAUGUGGUUUGAUGCUGGUUUUUGUGUCCGUGACGAGUUUGUUGUUGAUCUCGUCACUGGUCAGUUUGAUGAGUAUGAGUUUGGAAGGUGUCAUCUCUCACGCCCGAGAAGAAUAUCUCUUUCAACUGGCUAUCUACGUCCUAGAGAGCAGUACUUCGAACAGACUAACCUACUUCUUGCCGCCGUUGAAUCUCAUUCCUCUAAUUUGUAUUCGUCCAAUGAGGCUUUUCCUACCAGCGGAAGAUAUUAGACGGGUGCGCAUCAUUCUCCUUAGAGCAACACACCUUCCAUGUGUUGCGCUGCUUUGGGCCUAUGAGUCAGGCCGCCGCCUCUUCUCGCGGAAGGUCAGGCUUCCUUCAACCAACAUGCCGCGGACUCGAUCAAGUCGCCCACUGUCCAUGACCCAGGCUAGUUCUAGGCGAUAUUGCCACCAAACCGCAGGGUUGCCUGGAAUUGACUCACACCCUCGUCGGGCUUCCCCGAGAGCUAGAAAGUAUGCGGAGCAUGGGCAACAGCGGCCCGGGCAUGAAGAAGUUGUGGAUAUGGUCAACGAGAUGGAACGACUCCGCGGCCAGGUGGAGCGGGUGGCCGCCGCAGUUGGCAUCCAUCACCGCAAUCGACAGUGA